CUCAUGACAUGUUUCAAGUUUUCUGUUUCGUUUCAUACUCAAUAUAUACAACCUUUGUUAAUACUUAUGCUGUUUGGGAAUCCAUAAAUGUUUUGAUUGAGAACGACUUGGAGUUGCAGCUUUUGGUUUGUUUAGUCGAUAUUUAAUUCAAAAUUUAGAAGCUGGAUACGUAACUAUUUGUGCAUGCCUGUAAUCGUUUUCCUUUUUAAUCUUUAGACCAUCUUACAAAGAAAUGAAUCCUCCACAGCUAUUCCAAGCAAAUGUUCCUGUGAUACUUGAACUAGAUAUGCAGUUUUGUUCAAUAGAAGCUGGGAUUUUUCCUUACGAGAAUCGAGAAAAUUUUGAAAUAAGCCAUCGGGUAAUUAAUUCCAUGUGAUUCCUUUGUACCCCCUAUUGUUCGAGCGAGCUGCAGGUGUUGGCAUUUUGUUAUAUUGAAGGUCGUUUUCAAGAUUGCGAGGGAAUCUCAACAUGAAGCUUUUGCAUCUCUUCAUCACAGCAUCAAUUCCAGUCUUGAAACUACUCUUGAUUACCGGACUUGGGGCUUAUCUUGCUCGAGAUAGUAUCGAUAUUUUGGGGGAAGAUGCUAGGAAGCAUUUAAAUACUGUUGUUUUCUAUGUAUUCAGUCCAGCCCUUGUAGCCUCCUACCUGGCCGAAACAAUAACAAGCAAGAGCAUGGUUAAGAUGUGGUUUAUGCCAAUCAAUAUCCUCAUCACAUUUAUUAUUGGCUCUAUUCUUGGAUGGAUAGUUAUCCUAGUUACAAGAGCUCCUCCACACCUGAGAGGCCUCAUAUUGGGUUGCUGCGCUGCAGGAAAUUUAGGGAACAUUCUGUUGAUUAUAAUCCCGUCUGUUUGUAAAGAAAAAGGAGGGCCAUUUGGAGCACCUGAUGUCUGUCAAACAGAUGGAAUGGGUUAUGUUUCACUUUCAAUGGCGAUAGGAAGCAUUUACUUGUGGUCUUACGUGUAUAAUAUCAUACGGAUAUUUUCAAGGAGAAGCACCAAAGGAUCAGAAGUAAGAGAAAUCUCUAUCAGUAUGCCUUCCAAAGAAUCCUCCACAUCAGUCCUAGAGAGUUGCAUAGAGCCGCUACCUUCUUCCUCCAAGGAUAUGAUAGCUGAGGACAAUGAAAAUCAUCAAUGUGCAGUUCCCUGCAGUAGAUCUGUAGAGAAACCUGAGGUUGUCUACAGCAUCAAACCGGUUUCAGUUACAGAUAAAGUAAAGCAAAAAAUAUCAAUGAUGUUCAGAAAAACUAAUCUGAACGCAAUACUUGCCCCUUCAACUAUUGCAGCGAUUGUUGGGUUUGCAAUUGGACUCGUCCCCGAGAUCCGAAAGUUAAUGAUCGGUGAAGGUGCUCCUCUUCGUGUUAUCCAAGACUCCGUCCUCUUGUUGGGAGAUGGAGCCAUUCCAGCUAUGACUCUGAUAAUCGGUGGAAACCUUGUCAAAGGUUUGCAAGGCCGAGGAAUUCGAAAAUCCCUUAUCAUUGGCAUUGUAGUCGUUCGUUAUAUUGCUCUGCCUUUGACAGGGAUUUUCAUCAUUAAAGGUGCCCAUCAAAUUGGUUUGGUGCACUCGGAUCCAUUGUACCGGUUCAUUCUCUUGCUCCAGUAUGUAGUUCCUCCUGCUAUGAACAUAGGAGUCAUCACUCAACUGUUUGGAGCAGGAGAGAGUGAAUGUUCUGUGAUCAUGUUGUGGACUUAUGCCUUGGCUUCGAUUUCACUUACUCUAUGGUCAGCCGUCUUCAUGUGGCUAGUGGCUUGAAGUCUCAGCUUUUAUUAAAUACAUCCGCUAUCUUGUCUAUUAUUGCAGUCAAUCGUCUCCGGUCUAAUGGAAUGUGCGGCUUACAACAGAUUUUGGAAAGUUAUGCACUUUUUUUCGUUGUUGUAGUAUUUGGAAUAAGAAGGUCGGACCAGAUUAAAUUAAAUUAAAUAUCAGACUAGUGAAAUUAGAUUCAUAGA